AAAAUUAAUUUGAUAAAGAAAACAACAACGUAAGGAUCCGACUCUGCCUGCAGGAACACAUCAUCCCUGCAGCUCUCUGACGUCAUACUGGGGCAGGUCUGGGCUUCUUAGGUUCGUUGAAGGGUAACUGUAAAGCUACACUAAAGACAGCAUUCUAAAUAGUUUGAGCAAAAGUUUGAGGAAGAUCCUGAUAUGGGUGUGAUGGGCAGGGGUGCACAUACUUUUGGCCAUAUAGUUAUGAGUAAAUGUGAGUCCAGAGAGAUGGUUGAAUGUAAAUCCAGGACUGGACAGUAGACUUGAACAUACAGUAGGUGCUAAAUGGAAAGGUAUUUAAGUCGACAUGUUAUUAGUUCUGCUGCUAGUGUACUUCAUUAACCAUGAAACUGAAAGGAGCAGUGAGUACGGCGCUGAGGAACACAGUGAGUAGGAUAGUGAGUUAUAACUGAGGAAUAUAGGUCUGGAGCUGCACUGGACGUUUAACUGGUUCUCCUUUGAUUUCUCCAAACUUCUUCAUCAUGACCAAACUUCUGGAGUGGCUUCUGGGCGUGUCACUGGUUGCUGUUGCCUGGGGACUGGUGACCUUUGACCUUCUUGGCUUGCAGCUGCCUGCCGUGUACAAGGAAGUGGCUUGGCCGAUGCCGGUGUACCUGCUGGUGGUGUUUGGUUGUUAUUCUCUGGCAACUGUGGGGUACAGAGUAGCCAUGUUUAAUGACUGUGAAGAAGCAGCCCGAGAACUGAAGGCCCAGAUACAAGAGGCUAAAGAGGACUUGAAGAAGAAGGGUCUGAAGAUGUGACGACUUUGCUGGACCAUGUCUCUAACUCAGAUAUGCUUGUUUUUUGUCUCUGUGACUUUUUUUUUUUCCUAUUUGUUAUACACUGGUGAGAUCAGAGUGGAAGCCGGAAGUGUUCUAAAACAUCGAGACCUGAAAUCAGAUGUAGAUUUUUUUGUGAAUUUUCCUUUCCUCUGCAUCUCAUUAUAAUUAUAAUUAUAUAAACAAAUGUCUAGAACGUGGUGUACUGGAACUGACUUCCACACAGAGACGUCUCUGUAAUUAUUUUUUUUUAUCGUAUUUUUGGUGCCCCAGAAGAAUGAGAAGUCGGAGUCAGACUGACUGACAGCGUGGUUGCACAGCGUCACGCUUGUGCGAGAUAACCGUGGCGUAGCCCGGCUCUGACGGCGCCCCGUACAGGGUUGAUUUUUAACAAGCUUGAUAAUAGGAUACUGUUGUUCUAGAAAUACACACACUGCGGCACAGGAAUGUCUGCAGCCGACAAGUCAGAGCCGUGUUACUGUUUUGAGUUACUGCAACCGAUUGUGUAAUCCGUCAGCGUGAAAAAGUGACUGUAUUCACAAAGCAUCUUAAAAUGGGAGCGCCGAUUUCGGAUCGUCGGUCUUAGUGUAUGUGGUGAAGGGAACCGCAUCCAGUCGCUGAAAUCUUUUACGACUAUUAACUCUUGUGUCAGAGUCCUGAUUUCUCUCGUGUUCGGUUUUAUUUGUGUUCACUCUGUAGAAUGUGUCGCUUCUGUAAAAUCUUACUGUUAAAUUUCCAUAUGUUCCAUACAUUGUGUUACAUCAAGUCCAGAUGUAUAAUACAGAUUAUUUUCCCUGAGA